CCACAAAAAAAGGGGGAGCUAAAUUCAUUUUGGACAGUACACUGGAUUUUUGUUUUGGUGAUAAGACCACAGAAUAUUUUCCCAUCUUUUAACUCCCCUACUCCUACACCUCUUCCUGCGUAUGAUUUGAGGAAGCUCGCGGUCUAUUACUACAGGAUCAAUGCCUUCCGUCUGAUUUUCGUUUGUUUAUUUUUUUAAUUUUUGCGCUGGCAUACGUGCAAAAAUAAGAACGCCGAUGAUAUAUGUCUUCGUGGAUAUAUAUUCGUGAUUGCGAAGCAAGAGGGGAGAAAAGCUGAAGCAAGGAGAAGGCAAGAUGGCUGCAAACUGAUUUGUGUGUGUUAGAUCUGGAUUUAAUGCCGUGACAGCCAGUGGCAGAUUGGAUUCUCGUCUCUCCUGAGUGAUCAUAUUUGCUCGGAUGUAUCUGGGACUCCGGAAGGAGAGCCGAACAGUUUGGACUUGACAGAAGAGGGUGGUGUUCGACUGCAGCAAGGGGAAGAGGGGGGGAAAAAAGGUACCUAAAGGAAGAAGGGGGUGGCUGACGAGAAGAAAAAUGUGCCAUAAAUAUAAAUGAUUUAUACCCCUUGAAGGAGAAAUCGGUAAAAUAAGCACCGACCGAAAGAAAGAGGCUUGCUGAAGAUGGCUGGAAAUGAGUGGAUGGGUUGGAUUUAAAACCAAAUGAACGCUUUUUUUUAAACAAGGGAGAUUCGUGCCAACAAGAUUGGAAUUUCCUUUUUAAAUCUCUUUUGGAAGAGAGAGAGAGAGGAGAGGCUUUCACGGGCUCGAUGGCAGUGAGGAAGUCAGGCUGAGGCUGUGAAGAAGAAAGGGAAGGCAGAAUAAGGGAGGGCGUGUUGCUCGCUCCGGGGACUGAAAUCGGACGAUCUGUUGUUGAAUUGACCGGUUUUACCUCCGAUUUUAAAUGGAAAUCUUUACCUACCGCCGCUGCUGAGGUGGGACGGUCGGUCGAGGGGGAGGGGGUUGGGUUUUGACUUUUCGGGGAAAAAUAACGAAUUCUUCCCCCAAGAUGGCUGAAAACUGGAAGAGCUGCUUCGAGGAGGAACUUCUGUGCCCGAUCUGCCUGCAGGUCUUCGUGGAGCCGGUGCAGCUGCCGUGCAAGCACAACUUCUGCCGGGCUUGCAUCGGCGAGGCCUGGGCCAAGGAGUCGGUGAGCCGCUGCCCCGAGUGCAACAACGUCUACCCGCAGAAGCCGGCCCUGGAGAAGAACCUCAAACUCAGCAAUAUCGUGGAGAAGUUCAACUCGUUCACGGCCGACGCCGCCGCCGUGGCCGCCGCCGCCGCCGCUUCCUCCGCCGCCGCCGCCGUCGCCGGCUCGGCGGCCGCCGCCAAUAACAACCCCGCGGCCUCGUCGGCCGCCAACUCGGCCUACAGCCCGCUCUGCUGCCGCUACUGCCGCAGCUCGCCGGCGCAGAAGGUGUGCCUGCGCUGCGACACCGGCUGUUGCCAGGCGCACGUCGCCGCGCACCUGCAGGCCGCCUCGGUCAGCGGCAGCCACUUGCUAAUCGAGGCCGGGGAUGCGCGGGCCUGGAGCUGCGCGCAGCACGACGCCUACCGGCUGCUGCACUGCGAGACCGACCAAGUGGCCGUUUGCCGCUACUGCUACUACAUGGGCAGCCACCACGGACACAGCAUCUGCGACCUGGAGGUCAGGAGGAACGAGAUUCGGCAAAUGCUGAUGAAACAACAGGAGAGACUGUCAGAACGGGAACAGGAUAUCGAAGAACAAAUAUACAAACUGAAAACUGAUAAAAGUGUGAUUGAGGAGAAAGUCCAUCAGUUGAAAGAGGAAGUGCGUUUGCAAUAUGAGAAAAUGCGUCAGAUUCUAGAAGAAGAUCUGGGGAAAACGUUGGAACUGAUCGAUAAAACACGGACAAAAUUCUGUGACGAGAAUGCAUCGCAAGUACAUCAGCUAAAUGAGCGACUGGAAGAGGCUAAAAAAUUACUGAACUCCGUGCAAAAAAUGUGGGACAGGACAGAGGAUAUUUCAUUUAUGAAGAAUACGAAAUCAGUAAAAAUUCUACUGGAAAGGACUCAGGCAUGUACUGGAAAUGGGUUGCCACCUCCCAAGUUUGGUCACCUCCAGCCAAAGCCUUUCUUGAGUGAAAUCGGUAAGAAGGAGAAGCACAUCAGAAAGCUGCUUGAAGGAACAAUCAGCACUCCUGUACCGUUUCUGCAGAGCAUUCCUGCGUACACCUGCAACAUUUCCAGUACAGCUGGCGAAAAACGCAAGCACUCCACUGCUUUCCCUAUGGCCACGACCUCCGGUGUGGACAAUGGCUUCCUGGAAGUGACCGCUGGAAAUGUUGCCGGCCAGUUUAUGGGCCAGGGUGGGUCUGUUGUAGAGGGCCAGUCAACACAGUCCCUUGUGCCCUGUAGUUCUUCCCAACAUAUUGUGGGACUGACCAGUGGUCCACAGCCUGUCCAUACGGGCUCAGUCUUCAGUACAACUCACUAUCCCAACGGCACGCCCUCCCAGCAGUCUGUACUUUCCCAAUCGGUUGGCUACGGUGGUCGCAAGAUCCUCGUGUGCUCUGUGGAUAACUGUUUCUGUUCUGGCGUGCCUUCUGUUUCGAACCACAAUGGACACCAGCCCUACAGCAGAUCGGGUACGUUCCCUUGGUCUGUGACGUCGCAGGAAUAUGCACACGCUCUUCCACCUGCCCCCUCGGUACCUCAGUCUCUUAUAUCGUACGGAAUGGGAUCAGCAUCUCAUAACAACACUGCAGGCAAGAUAACUGCAGGGUACAUGGCCAAUCCUUCACUGAACACUACACCGCAAGCUAAUCUUCUCAAUUCUGUCUAUCAUACAUUUUGAACAGUGUUCAUUUUCCUUUUUAAUUUUUCUUUCUGUAAAUGUUAAUUUCAGAUCAUUUGCUUUAAAAAAAAGUUAGAAAAUACAUUCCGCACAUGAUGUAAACUUUUUGUGCAAUUGAAUUCCAGUGCUGGUUUUAGUAAUCCAUUCAUGAAUGGAACCAUGUUCUGUAUUAAAUGGCUUCCUUUGUUGGUCGUUCGGUCCAGGAGUGCCACAACCAUAACAGAAUUUUUAUAUGAAAACUCUUAGCACUUUUUUUGCAGAGGCAUUUAAUAUUAGUUAAUCAUACAGUGCUCUGGUAUAAUAAUUAGCAGCAAUAAGCAGAGGUACCAUUUGACAGUGAAGCACAAACUGCGCUGGGGGCAUUGGCAGCGUUUGUCUGACCUGUUGAAUAAGGGUGAUCUGUGGGACCCUGACACUGGAAGUCGUCAUGAGGUAACGCCAUGCUGACUGGAAGGUUGUCUCUGGCUGGUUGGCAGGCAGGACAUUUCAAUCGUUGAUUUCCAUAGCUACCCAGUGCUCUUUUACAAUAACCCCUUUGAGUAUGGACUCACUCAUGGAAAAAGACAUCAAAGAAGAAAGUAUUUUUUUCUAAAAUGUUCAAGGUGUGACUCUGGCUUCCUGGAUGUGGAAACUACACCCUAAUUAAGCAUGGCAGAUUUGCCUGUCACUUUAAUCAUAGUUUUUAAAAAAAAAUGUCACAAUGGGACUACUACAAAGCAGAAUGAGAGACUGGUCAGGCUGGGUUCCUGACCAGCUAGAAGAAAGGCAGAUUAUUUUGGGUUUGGCAAAUGAAGUCCUGUAAACUAUAUAUUGAUAAAUAAUUAGGAGUAUGCUUAAUGCAUAACAUGAACAUUUCUAAAUCAGUAUUCUGUAGGGGAAAAAAACUGGAGAAUUGGGAAUAUUGUUUUAUUUCUAGAAACUGAUGGGGAUAGAGGGGAAAUUUACAAUCAUGCUCAAGAUGUUGAUGAUCUCUUAGUCAAACAAACAUUUUUUUGGGCCUGUUGUGUCAAAUGGGCGAUGACAGUGGAACCUCAUUAUUACUAACCCGUGGUGGUUUUGUCAGGCGGGAGGAUGGGAGCUGCCGUGCUUUGCCAAGGUUUGAGCUCCAAUUCUGGUUUCAUUCCUUUACCAUCGACUGCUGGGGAAAAUGCUCCACAGCCCCAUUUUGAAAUUCUGUUACCUUUCUUUUCUUUUUUUUUUGGGCAGCGUUGGUGGCAGUAGAAUACCCUAUGAGUGGUAAGGACGGUUAUUAUCGUGCAAAACGAAAACGGAUUCGUUACAAAUGGUGCCAAUGGAUCUGCGGUCUGCAUGUUAUAGCAAAGUUUAUUUUAUCAAGGGAUUGAAUUCCUUGAUUUUUUUUUAAAUUAAAAAUGAAAUGGAGCUUCAGCUGGGGACCUGGGAAAAGCUCAAUGUAAUGGAAGGUUUGUUGUAACGAGGUUUGGCUGUAUUUUAACUGUGUGGUGAUGGUCCAUAGAUGUUUGACCACGGGAGCUCUGUUUUGCUUUGUCCCUGCAGAAAAGGGUGAAUGUUAGUGUUUGGAAAAACUCUUGUAAUCAGUAAAAUCAAGAACUGUCGCCAUUUUUGUCUUUCUCAAAUACUUAUAGUUUCCAGGUUAUGCAGGGUUUAUCUAAACCUCCUAUUUCAUGUCACUUUAUCGAUAUCUUCUUUUAAGGCAUUGAAUAAACAUGUAUACAUGAAGAA